GCUGGGACCCUGCGGGCUCCAGCCUGAGGGAUCUUACCUCUGCCUGUCUCCCCGGCUGUUGGUGUUUCUGCUCGAAGCUGCCAGGAUGUGCGGCCGGUUCCUGAGGCGGCUGGCGGUGGAGGAGAGCCGGCACUCCACCCCCGUGGGGCGCCUCCUGCUCCCCGUGCUCCUGGGGUUCCGCCUUGUGCUGCUGGCCGCCAGCGGGACGGGGGUCUACGGCGACGAGCAGAGCGAGUUCGUGUGUCACACGCAGCAGCUGGGCUGCAAGGCUGCCUGCUACGAUGCCUUCCACCCUCUCUCCCCGCUGCGCUUCUGGGCCUUCCAGGUCACCCUGGUGGCUGUACCCAGUGCCCUCUACAUGGGUUUCACUCUGUAUCAUGUGAUCUGGCACUGGGAGGAAUCUGAAAAGGUGAAGAAGGAAGAGGAGACCCUGAUCCGCCAAGGGGAGAAAAGCAGAGAUGCCUCGGGGGCUGGAAGCCCCAGGGUGCUCUGGGCCUAUGUGGCACAGCUGGGGGUGCGACUGGCCCUUGAAGGGGCAGCCUUGGGGGGGCAGUACCAUCUGUACGGGUUCAAGAUGCCCAGCUCCUUUGCGUGUCGUCGAGAGCCUUGCCUUGGUAGUAUAAGCUGUAAUCUGUCUCGCCCCUCUGAGAAGACCAUCUUCCUGAAGACCAUGUUUGGGGUCACUGGGCUCUGUCUCUUGUUCACGCUUUUGGAGCUUGUGCUCCUGGGCCUGGGGAGAUGGUGGAAGAUCUGGAAGCACAAAUCUCCCUCUUCUAACUACUUCCCAACUUCAGAGAGUGCCCAAAGACACAAGGAACCGACUGAUAACUUCCCAGUGGUGGAAACAAGAGAACGGUUUGGAGAAGCAGGUGAGAGGGGCACUGAUGUUCCUCUUUCUACCUGUCCCUGAUGUAUGGGUCCUGAGGAUCCCCCAUGGCAGGUCCCUCACCCUCUGGGAAGCACAACUCCCACACGUUACGAAGCAGAAAACCAGGUUCUACGCAGAUGUGUCCGAACCACUCAUCCCACCCCAUCGCCCAACUGCAUCCCCAUCAACUGGAUGGUUCCUUCCAAUGAACCAGGACCCAAGUGCUCAGUUGAUUGCACCUCCUGCCCUUCCAUUUAGGUCUCUUCCCACUUAGGAAAAGUCUAAGCUU